AUGGUGAUCCGCCCAUUUGUACUUGCUGUCGCCCUUGCUGGACAGGUUUCGGCCGUGGUUCAAGAACACUGGUGGAACAUCUCUUAUGCCACUGCGAACCCAGACGGUCUGUACGAACGCCGAGUCAUCGGCGUGAACGGAACAUGGCCAAUUCCAGCGGUCCACUCUAUUCAAGGGGACGAAAUACUGAUACACGCUUAUAAUGGUCUCGGGGAAGUAGGGACCUCUUUACAUGCCCAUGGGAUGUUCUUCAAUCAUUCAAAUUGGUAUGACGGCGCUGUCGGAGUGACCCAAUGUUCCUUGCCCCCUGGUCAGACUAUGGACUAUUCGAUCGAUACGAGCUUACAGAAUGGGACGUAUUGGAUUCAUGCCCAUUUCUCUGGUCAAUACGUGGAUGGUUUACGAACGCCCUCUGUGAUUCAUUCUGCGGCACCUCGGACUGAUAAUGUCACUUGGGACGACGAGUACACGUUGGUCGUCUCAGACUGGUAUCAUGAAGAACAUCCUGUCCUCCUGAAGGAAUUCAUGAGUUGGAAAAACCCAACGGGAGCGGAGCCUAUCCCAGACUCCGCGGUCAUCUACGUCCUGCACAACGAUACGUACUACCCCUCGCCUGAAUCCAUCUCCAAUGGAUCCGCGACGAACAAUAAUGCGAAAAUACAUUUCGAACCGGGUCAAACGUACAGAAUAAGAAUAGUCAAUAUGGGUGCUUUGGCAAUGUUUUGGGUCAACUUCGACCAACAUGACAUGUUCAUCAUUGAAGCUGAUGGCGUCGAGAUGGAUCCUUACCCUAUCGACGUCUUGACAGUGGCGGUCGCGCAACGAUACUCGAUUCUCGUCAAGGCCAAGAAUGAGACGGGAACGAACUACGCUUUGAGCGUCAUGCAGAGUCCGGACAUGUACGACUACGUCCCGGAUAAACUGGUUCUCAACAAUACAUUACAGAUCGUGUACGCCGAUUCCAAUCCUCCAGCGCAUAAUAUCACGUUUGACUCCAUCACCACACUCAACGAUACUGAAUUCGUACCUGUCAUCAAGAAGGGAAUGCUGCCUGCAGAUCAUCAGAUCACGCUCAAUGUUUUCUUCGAUACCUAUGACGACGGAACUAACAGAGCAUCCUUCAACAAUAUCACCUACGUCACGCCUCCGAACCCGUCCAUAUUCACAGCAUGGUCAAUGGGCAAUGACUCGCUCAACCCAGCAGUCUAUGGAGCUCAAACUCACGCAUUGACGUACCCUCAUCUGGCAAAUGUCGAAUUGACCGUGUACAAUUGGGAUUCAGGUUUCCACCCUUUUCACCUUCACGGGCACGAGUUCCAAGUUGUUCACAAGAGUUUUGAUGUGACGUCAAAUGACACCACCAUCAAUCCUCCCUUCGAUGAAAACCAGGCGAACCCCUCUCGACGAGACACCAUCACCAUUCCGCCUACGGGCAGCGUGACGCUACGGUGGACAGCAGACAACCCCGGAGCUUGGUUCUUCCACUGUCAUAUUGAUUGGCAUCUGUCCAGUGGCCUCGCCGUGGUCAUGAUUGAAGCGCCAGAAUAUUUCCAAUCUCAGACGAUCCCUGAGCAGCUCUACGAUCAAUGCAAGUAUUGGGAUCUCCCAACAUCAGGCAAUGUAGUGGGCUUGAAUUCAACGACAGAUUUCAAAGGUCAACCAUGGGGACCCUUCCCAAUCAUCAUGGGAUGGACACCCAAAGCUAUCGGCGCACUCGUCGGGUGUAUCAUUACUGCCAUCGUUGGGUUCCUUACGGUCGUAUGGUACGGUCACGGUGGCUUGGACGAGUCGGAGAUCGAGGAGGAAGUGAGGCGGAAGAUGGCCGCGAAGGGAAAGAAGGCGGGGUUGUUCAAGAAGUUCAAGGGAAGGUCGACUGAGGGAGCGACCAGUCAAUAG